AGCUACUGUCUACUACUGAUAGUAGCUCGAAAUAAGAACAUCAAUCGCGUUCCAGCCUUCCAGGAAGACGAAAGAAAAAGACUACCAAAUUGAAGAAAGGAUUUUGUCCGAGUAUCGAAGAAGCCAGCGGCAGGAAGGCUUUCGAUUGUUUCUCUGUGCAUAGUUGGAUAUUGAGCUCUACGCCACUUUCUGUUCUGGACUGAUAUCUUCGAUUCUAAAACUACUCUGAAUCGGUUCUUCUAGCAUUGGAACAAGGUGAUACGAAUUGGGCAGUUUAGAAGGUCAGAAAAGGCUCAAACUUUGAUGAGUUAGCGCUUUUCAUGUGUAGCAAAGUCUGUAAUUUCAUAUUGAAAGUUAGUGAUUUUGGAGUAAAAAGCUACAUUUCUUGAUGUUCUUCAAGGUGAAACCAAAUGGUUUUGUGAAUGUAGACUGCACAAAAAGUAAUUGUUUGUCGUUCUCAAGCAGGUGGGGAUUCUUGGAAAAGUGAUCAAUGGAGGGUGACAGGCUGAACUCACCAAGUACAUGCGCAGUUAUGCUUGAAGCUUUGGGCCAUCAAUUGCAGUUUUCUCAGGAUCCAAAUUCCAAGCACCUGGGAACCACAGUUUGGGAUGCAUCUAUGGUACUUGUCAAAUAUUUGGAAAAGAACUGCAGAAAGGGAAGGUUCAGCCAAUCCAAGCUUAAAGGAAAACGUGCUAUUGAACUUGGAGCUGGUUGUGGAGUAGCUGGGUUUGGAAUGGCACUUCUAGGAUGUGAUGUAAUUUCAACAGACCAGGUCGAGGUUUUGCCAUUGCUUAUGCGAAAUGUUGAACGUAACACUCAGAGAAUUCUUCAAUCAGAACAAAGUUCAGGUUCCUUUGGGUCAAUCAGGGUUGCGGAAUUAGAUUGGGGAAACGAGGAACAUAUUAGAGGUGUUGACCCACCAUUUGACUUCAUCAUUGGAACUGAUGUUGUGUACAAGGAGCAUUUGCUAGAACCCUUACUGCAGACCAUUUUGGCUUUGUCGGGCCCUAAAACCACUAUCUUGUUGGGGCAUGAGAUUCGUUCUACAAAUGUCCAUGAAAAAAUGCUUGAGAUGUGGAAAAGCAAUUUUGAGGUGAAAACUGUACCGAAAUCUAAGAUGCAUUACAAGUACCAACACCCUAGUAUUCAGCUUUACAUCAUGGAGUUCAAACAUAAUGGUGGCGGGAUAAGAGCCGUGACAGACCAUCAGCAAUCUGAUGUAGAAUCAGGAUCAGAAGUAGUGGAAGAGGAAGAGGAGGAAUCUCAAGCUAGUAAUGAUUCUGUAGUAGAUAAUGUUCGAGAUCCUUCUUGUGAGAUUACUAAUCAAGAACAGCAAGCAAUGAAGUCGCCAGAGGCAGGCGGGAUCACCGAUUGGGAAUCGAGGAGGAUUGGUUCAAUGGCUGCUAGGCUUCUGCGUGAUGUCAAGAUAACUUAAUUUUUCCGUACACAUGCACCUACAGCAACUACUGCUAUUUAACUCGGUAGUUUAGAUGCUUGGUACAUCCACUGUGAUACAGCAUUUAAAAGAAAAUGAUUCUUGUAGAAACAUGAUCAGUUAGCACUUAGCAGUUAGCAAUUAUGUUUCUUCAUUCGCAUAACUCGAGCAGCGUAAAAGUGGUGAAAGCUUUGGUUAUGUGGUGCAAAGGUUGUUUGCUUUUUGGACAAGGAAGAAGGCAGGAGGAGGCUGCCCUUGGCUUUCGUCUGCAACUGUAGUUGAUUUGAUUCGAGCUCGAGGUUCUGGGCCAACAUGGAAAAAAGGAUCGAGUUACUUAGUCCGGCUUGAGACUUUACAUAACACAUUCCACACAACAAUGGCUGACUGUUGGAGAUUUUGAAUGAGUUGGGGAAGAACGAUAAUGAUGAUUGACAUGAAAGCAGAAGAGUCGGCCAUGAGGUUGAUGAUGCUGGUGUCUGAGUUGCGUUGCUUGGGGAGUUGGAGUGAAUCAGAAUUCAUGUGUUAAAGAGUGUAGUGGGCUCUGCAGUUGGAUGGGCUGGGCUAAAAACUAAAUUGAUGGAAACCAAUUGGGCCUGGAAAACGGUUUCUACAAUCAUCCAACAAAGAUUAUCUCCCAGCCCAAGUGAUCCAACGACGAAAAGAUAUCUCCCUUACCGUCUCAGCUAAGUUUCCCCAUUCUCACCACAAAGCAGAUCAUCACACGCGCCUUGCAUUUUUGGGGGGGGCUUCCAAAGAGACCGAGACUGACGCGCGCGGCGGGGGAAGGAAAGUAGGAAACAAAACAGCCAAUCCGUAAAGGGGACCACACGAGUGGGCGGGGCGCUCGAGGGAGAAGGUGACACGUUUCGACAGUUUCACAAGAAAACAAAAGUGAAAAAAAGAAAGAAAUGUUAAAAAAAAAG